ACGGAUUCCAACGUGAUUGGGUAUACGUACCGAUAAAAAUUAUUAAUUAUUCGUCAAAUUGUUCAUUAAAUUAAUUAACUUAAACUUAAAUAAUUAUUUAUUAAAAUGCAGAGUUAAAUACUUUUAAUUGUUUCACAUAAAGUAACUUUCACUUAUCAUUUUGACAUCUUACUCGUAGAUUAUCUGGUUGGGAAGAGAUUCCUUGUGUAUGAAAAAAGUGUUUGAUGUGUGAAUGCAUUAUAAUCAAGAAUUAAGAUUGAAUAAAAAUCAAAAAUAAUAACAGUUCGUCAAAUAGAUGAAAAUGUCGUCUAACGACAAUGCCAAAGUGUCAGAUUCCGGCUAUACAAAUACUUGUGAAAACAGUCAAUCUCAUGGAAGUAGUGGAAGUUCUCUCUCUAGAAAUAGCAAUCAAUCUGAGAGUAGUGGUUAUUGUGAUGGUCAUCUUUCCAAUUUUGGUUUUAGAAAUGAGGCUCUUCCACAGCCAAUCAGUACGAAAAAGGAAAAAGAACACAAAAAGAAGAAAUCCAAGACAUCAACUACCAUUACCAAUGAUUCUAAACCAGUACCUGAAGAUGCUGGUCAACAAACGAACACUGGAACAUAUUCUUCAGGUUCUAAUAUGUCUAAUCAAACGCUAAAAAAAUCAGAAGUAGGUAUUGUAGAGUUGGUGGAUGCUACGGAUUCUGGCGAGCACAAUGGCGAUUCAAACUCCAUCGCUCCUAAGGGAGGACUUGGUUCUCAAACCAAUCCUCUGGAUAAUACCGGCCUAAAUGCGAAUGAGGAAUUCUACACUGUGGUAUCAUUGCACGAUGGUCUAGUUGUGCAGUCAACUGCUUCCUUGCAGACAGCACUUGGAUAUCCGAAAGACGAUUGGCUUGGCUGUUCGUUCAUCGAUUUUAUUCACCUAAAAGACAGACCAACGUUUGCUGAGAAAUUGGCUGAUGGAAUAGUUCUUUCCUUUAAAAAUCGCAGAAAAGGUUUGAACAAAUGUCAAACGAAUCUAUUUUGUAACUUACGGAGAUAUGUAGAGCCUAAUGUGAUUAAGAAUGAAAUGGACAAUGAGAUAAAACAAAUUAGAAAAAAACAAAAAACGACUAAUAAUACCAAUAAUAGUGGAGCUACACUGCCUUAUGUUCCUUUUCAUUUAAGUCUGGGAUUCAAACGUUUUCGUGAACGCAGACGUGAGGAAGAAAAGAAGAUGAUGCUGCUGACAAUAACAGCGGAACCAGUAUUCUCUGCAUACAAAGCUCCCGAAGAAACGAUAAUAUCAUCAACAUUUUCAACUCGACACACAGCAAGCUGUCACUUUUCUCAUGUAGAUGACGACGUCGUUCAGUAUUUUGGAUAUUUACCUCAAGACAUGGUUGGCCGAUCUCUCUUUGACUUUUACCAUCCUGAGGAUUUGCCUUUUAUUAAAGACAUAUAUGAGACUGUCGUCAGACUGGAUGGAUCAUCUUUCAGAUCGAAACCGUACAGAUUUGCAGUUCGAAAUGGUGGAUACGUUGUUCUAGAGACCGAGUGGUCAUCGUACAUCAACCCGUGGGAACGAAAGCUCGAGUUCGUUGUUGGCCACCAUCGAGUUCUUCAAGGUCCUGUCAAUCCAGAUGUUUUCCAGUCUCCUGAUGAAGGACAAUGCAGCUUACUGACUAACAUCAGCGAAGAAGUAUUCAAAGAAUCGCAAAUAAUUCAAGAUGAAAUUCGUGCUCUUCUAGCCGAGAAAAUUGAAACAUCCAACGGCAUGAGUACAUAUGAUCUCGUGAAGCAGUCUUCAAAGCUUGCUCUGUUCAUGGAGAACCUGAUGCAUGAGGUCAAAAAACCAUCUUCGCCUACUAAAGCACUGAUGGUUUCUGAAGAUAGGAACUUACCGGGAUUACGCAAUCCCUUGUUGCAGGAGCCCGAUAAUUUGACCGCCGGUGAAAUUUCGCUUCAUCAUGAAUAUUGUGAUAGCAGGUCUUCUAAAAAACCAUCACCGGCUAAUAAAAUAUCCAUGGUCGCUGAGGAAAGGAGCUUUUCGGAACGAGAUAGUGUGAUGUUGGGCGAAAUCUCGCCUCAUCAUGAAUACUGCGACAGUAAAUCUUCCAGUGAAACUCCACCCAGUUACAAUCAGUUGAACUACAACGAAACUAUGGAACGAUUCUUCAAUAGUAAACCUCUUCUUACUGCGGUUUAUGGAAGUGAUGAGGAAAAAGUGCAAUUAAGUGUCCCGAGUAAUGAUGAUAGCAAAACCAGACCCAAUCGUACAACUUCCAAUCCAACUCCUCCAAAUCAAGAUAGUGGUGGUAGCGGCAGUGGUGAAAAUUUGAGCAAUGAUUCGAUAAAUCAAACUAGUUCUGGCAAAGAAGAUAAUGAAAAUGGUAAUUCAAAUGAUCCUAUGGGAAUAGAGCAUUCAAAAAUGCCAAUCCUUACAGAAACUCUUCUGAAUAAGCACAAUCAAGACAUGGAAAAAUUGAUGAUGUUGAAGCACAAAGAACGACGUUCAAAUAUAAAAAAUAAUAAACUAAAUAAAGAUGUUAGAAUAAAAACAGGCACUCAAGAUGAACAGCCUGAGCAAAAAAUAUUACAAGCUAAAACACAAGGAUAUAAACGAAAAAAUAAUAAUAUCCAUGGAAAUCAAUCUGUUAAGGUGCUCAGAUACAACGAAAAAACAAACAAUUGUAAUACACACAAUGUAUUACCGACACCUCGUAAUGAAACCAAAGUAGAUAAAGUUACAGUGAAUCAGACAUCAGCGAAUGUUAACGUAUGGCCACGAAUUACACUUGCUACAUCUCAUCCAGUAGCAGUGCAAUCGAGAUAUUCAGCUUUUUCUCAAAUGAUACCUAUUUACUAUAUGCCAGUGACACAACCAAGAAAUAAUGCUGUAAAUGAAGCAUCUCAUCAAACCACGGAUCAGCUUCUAUCGCUUUUAUCUGAACAACAGCAAUCUUUUGCUACAUCUUAUGGGCAUACUCCACUUGCAGGAGUCAUUUAUCCACCGGUUAUUACUCCAACACCAGCUCCAAUCUUAUAUGCACCUCCUAUGGUUGUUCAAGUACCUACAGUUCCAAAUAAAAAUGUCCAAAAACCUGUACCACCGACAACACAAAAACUUACAGAACUAAAACGUCCAGCCAGUCAAGCUACGAGUGUCAAAGCUGAACCUGGAAGUACCAUGGCUAUGUCUGAAUCAUCGAAAAAGCUUUUCUCACCCGGUGAUCGUUUCUCGUCAUGUGUUAGUGUUGAUGGUGGAUGCUCCAGUCUUGCCGGUCUACAAGCAACGAACAAUAAUAGUCGAAGAAAUAGUCAGGUUGAUUCGAGCAUCGAAGAUUCCAGUGAUUCUAGUUUUUACGGUAGUUUUUUUAAUACUAGCAGCGGUAGCAGUUGUUGCCCUGAGCAGAUACGAGCUAAUCAUUUAUCAGAGAAAAUUGUAGCGAGAAGUUGCAAAGGUGACACGAUCAACCGUAGACGUUUUUCAAUGGUUACUGAGUUAAAGGCCAACUUCGAAUCACAGACUAUGCGUGGAAAUCUAUCAACUGCACAAAAAUUAAUAAAGAAACGUACUUCUCCACACUUCAAUAAUGAGAGUCAGAAAGAAGCAGCACCAAUGGAUCCACCUUGGCUACAGAAUAUUAAAAUAACACCUGAACUCAUUUAUCGAUACCAAAUGAGUCCAAAGUCAUUGAAUGAAGUACUUAAGACAGACAUGCAAGCUCUAAAUAAUCUCAAUCAACCUCUUCUUGUUAACGAGCAACUGGAUCAGCUUUAUUUGGACCUUGAACUUGGAGGCUUCAAUACUAAACUUAUCUUAGAUGAUAGCAAUAAAUCCAGUGACAGUGAGCACAUUCGCAACACUGAAAAUCAGUCAAACGUUUCAUCUCAGCACAGAAGUAUUCAACGAGAGAUGGAAUAUAGUAAAUUGGCGAUGAUUUACGAAGAAAAUGCACCAUUACCGAUGGCAUAAAGAACUUUAUCUUAAAAACUCAACUUAAAUAAUAAGUUUUUCACGUCAGUUUUAUGUUCUUAUAUAUAAUUGUAUAUUUUUUUAUUUGAAA